GCAGUAAGUUGAAAUGAUAGUAUUCGGUAGAGAUAGUGUUGACAGAACAAGCUGCUUUGUAGGUCAUCCACUGUGUCCGGCUAAAGAAGUCCCGUCGUGAUCAAAGGCUGCAUCAAGAGUCUGACUUGCUGUCCAAUGCGCCAGUCCUCUGAGCUCCUUCAGACACUUCUCCAUUCGGUACUCUUCCAGGUUGGGUCAGCCAUGCUUUCGAUAGAUAGGCUUGGGUAUGUCUGCAAGUCUGGGCUCAGUGUUCUCCUUAAUAUUGUGCAGCCAGCCUUGGAGAAUCCCCCUGGAGUCUUUGAGGACCAAGUGUAGCUGUCGGCAAUGUCUCUUCAUUUUUUCAAAGAACUCGGAGAUGAGCCACUCAGGAUGCCAAACUUCUUGCAUCCACUCUGGACAGCCGUCGUCGUCGUCUUAUCCGUCAUUUCCACUAUCUGCGUUGACAUCGUCCUCCCCAUCUCCCCCCGUAGUUCACUCCACGUCGAACUCAUCUUCAUCGGGGCUUUCGUUUCUGUCGUCCUGCAUGAGUUCGUCCACAAAGCCUCCUCGGUCUCCGUCGUCUUGAGUAAUGCUCCAGUGCGUCGGAGAACAAAGCGCAUCUGAACAGUCCACCCAUCAAAUGCAACUCUACUUAGCGUUCAAGAGGAGAAUCGUACCACCUCUACUAGCAAAC